AUGGCGAUCAUCGAGGACCUCACCAUGGGCUCUGCGGAGCACACGGCGCCCGCGUACGACCCCUCGUUCGAGCAGCUGGAGCCUAACUCUGGUAUACGGCUAUCCUCGCGAUCACUGCCGCACGACGAUCUCCAAGACUACCUCCGGGGGCGGUACUACCUCUCCCCGUCGAAGCUCUACUCUGUCAUCCGUCUGUCGCCGAAUAAGCAGGGGUACGACGUUCCCGUGGACGGCGACUGGGUGACCAUCGCCGUCGUCGCUGAGCGGGGGCCUGUCAAGGUCAGCCGCGCACCCGUGUCGAUCACGCCGGGGGAGGACGACGGGCAGGCGUCGGAUGGCGAGCACGCAGGCGCCACCGCUUCAGACGGCAAGAAGGGAUAUAACGGCAACGGGAAGGAUAAAUGGAAAGGAAAUGGAAAAGGCAAGGGCAAGGGCAAGGAGGACGAGGAGGCACCGAAGCCGAGCGGGAAAAAGUACGUCAACAUGCGGCUGAUCGACUUUGGCGCGCGCACGCGCUCGUCCGCGACGGGCGGGAAGGCGGUCGUGCGCGGCGACGCGUUCCUCUCGCUGCUGCUGUUCGAGGCGGACACGUUCGACGAGAUCACGGAGGAGGGCGGGCGGAAGCGUAAGGUCUAUAGGGGCGGCAGCCGCGGUGCGUACGAGGCGAUGUCGCGCCUCAAGGAAGGAGAUGUGAUUGCGCUGUUGAAUCCCAAGGUGCUGAGGCCGUUCCAGCGCACAAACGAAAAGCCGCACCCGUCGUCCAACAUCCUCGCUGUGACACCCGAGUCCGCGGGCUCGAUCGAGGUCAUCGGACGCGCCAAGGAUCUCGGGAUGUGCAAGGCGGCGAAGCGCGACGGGAAGCCGUGCGGGAGCUGGUGCGACACGCGCGUGAGCGACGUGUGCGACUAUCACCUCCAGAGCGCCGUGCAGAGUCGCAAGGCGGCGCGCCCCGAGUUCUCGAUCGGCACAUCGGGCCUGACGAGCUCUGCUGCCGCUGGGGGGUACAGGAAGCGGAAGGAAGAGUUCGAUCCGGCGCGGAAGUGGGGGCUGCAGCCGUCGCUCGACGGCGGCGGAGGUGCAGGUGGAGAUGGAGGUGGGGGUGGGGCGACAUACGUCGUCUCGGGGCAUGUGGUGAAUAACUCGCGGAACGCGGUGCAUGUCGCUGAAAAUAUGGGGAGGGAGGGGCAGGCGAAGGCGAAGAGGAAGCUCGAGAAGGACGCGGACAAGGAGCUGCUGUCGCUGCUCGAGCGGGACAAGACCGGUAUGCGCGCGGUGAUGCGCGCGCGGGAGGUCGGCGAGGGCGGGCUGCGCAAGCUUGCCAAGGGUCAGGCGCAGGAUAAACAUAAGGACAAGGACAAGGACAGGGCUAAAGGCAAAGACAAGGAACCGCCAUCGACAUCAGAUAUGAAGCCCGCCGCGCUGGCGAAGAGCACCUACUCUGCGACGAUCAUCAAGCAGCUCGGCUUUGACCCGGCUUCAAAGGCCGGGCAACACCAGAGCACGACCGACGCGGCGAUGCAGAAGAAGCUCGACACCCUCGCUGCGCUCCAGUCGGACCGGAAGAACAUACGGCUCGGUUCGCGGCCUGGGCCCAAGAUACGGUCGGGCGUCUCAGUGCCCGAGUGGAUGCAGGAGCACGAGGAGUCUGGGGAGGCAGGGUUCUCGGACGGAGAGCCGGACGAGAUAGACUUGGAUGAUAGCGAUGAUUGA